AUUAAUUAAUUAAUUAAAAUCAAGGUGCGAGUGAUGGCUCUCCCGGCAAGAAAACAAGAAGCUGACGACACUCUCCACGAUGCCUGGGAUUGCAAGGGCCGCCCCGCCCUCCGAUCAGCCUCCGGCGGCUGGGCCAGCGCGGCCAUGAUUCUUGGGGUUGAGAUGUGUGAGAGGCUGACGACGCUGGGGAUAGCUGUGAAUCUGGUGACUUACAUGACGGGGACUAUGCAUUUGGGCAAUGCUACUGCUGCCAAUACUGUCACCAACUUUCUUGGCACUUCUUUCAUGCUCUGUUUGCUCGGAGGCUUCGUAGGCGAUACAUUCUUAGGAAGGUAUCUCACCAUAGCCAUUUUUGCUGCAGUUCAAGCGGCGGGCGUGGCGAUUCUGACAGUAUCAACGAUGAUCCCGGGCCUCCGGCCGCCGGCGUGCCGCCGCGGCAGUGGCACGUGUGUCCCGGCGAACACCAAGCAGCUAAUGGUUCUCUACCUAGCGCUCUACCUCACCGCCCUCGGCACCGGCGGCCUCAAAUCGAGCGUCUCCGGCUUCGGGUCUGACCAGUUCGACGAAGCCGACAAGAAGGAGAAGAAGCAGAUGAUCAAAUUCUUCAACUGGUUUUUCUUCUUCAUCAGCAUCGGAUCCCUCGCCGCCGUCACCGUCCUCGUCUACAUCCAGGACAACCUCGGCCGGCAAUGGGGCUACGGGGUUUGUUGCUGCGCCAUUCUCGUCGGCCUGGCGGUGUUCCUCGCCGGCACCAGACGGUACCGGUUCAAGAAGCUUGUCGGCAGCCCGCUGACGCAGAUCGCCGCCGUGUUUGUGGCGGCGUGGCGGAAGCGACACCUCCAGCUCCCGUCGGAUUCCUCCCUGCUGUUUGAUAUGGACGACAUCGCCGGCGAGGAAGGGCAGAUGCUGAAGAAGAAGAAGCAGAAGCUACCGCACAGUAAAGAAUUCCGGUUCCUGGACAAGGCAGCCAUAAAGGAUCCUCCAGGUCCCAAAUCAUCGUGGUACCUGUCAACCCUAACCGACGUGGAGGAGGUGAAGCUGGUGAUCAGAAUGAUCCCGACGUGGGCAACCACAGUGAUGUUCUGGACAGUCUACGCCCAAAUGACGACAUUCUCGGUGUCCCAAGCCGCCACCAUGGACCGCCACAUCCUCGGCCGGUCCUUCAAGAUUCCGGCGGCCUCCCUCACCGUUUUCUUCGUCGCCUUCAUCCUCCUCACCGUCCCCGUCUACGAUCGCAUCAUCGUCCCCAUCUGCCGGAGAAUUUUCAAGAACCCGCACGGCCUGACACCCCUCCAGCGGAUCGGCGUCGGCCUGGUGCUGUCCAUCCUCGCCAUGGUGGCCGCCGCGCUGUCGGAAAUCAAGAGGCUCCACGUGGCGCGAUCUCACGACCUGGCCGACGACCCCGCCGCCGUCCUCCCCCUGAGCGUUUUCUGGCUGGUCCCGCAGUUCGCCCUGGUCGGCUCCGGCGAGGCGUUUGCUUACACGGGGCAGCUUGAUUUCUUCCUCCGGGAGUGUCCUAAGGGAAUGAAGACGAUGAGCACAGGCCUGUUUUUGAGCACGCUUUCGUUAGGGUUUUUUGUGAGCUCUAUCCUGGUGGCGGUGGUGCACAGAGUGACCGGACACAGGCCAUGGUUGGCCGACAACCUUAACAGGGGGAAGCUCUACAACUUCUACUGGCUGCUGGCGAUUCUCAGCGUCAUCAAUUUGGUGGUGUUCGUGGUGUGUUCGAGAAGGUAUGUUUAUAAGGACAAGAGGCUUGAAGACGAGGGGAUUGAGAUGGAGGAUUCGUCGUUGUCGUCGCAUCCAACUUCCAAUUGAAUCGAAUGUUGAUCGAUCGAUCCAAUUUGUGUCAAAACAGGCAACAAAUUUGUGGACACAUACAGAAUUAUUACAUCAACCAGAUUACAUGGAUGCAUGAGGAACAAAUUAAAGUAAUUACUAGUUUAUUUUUAGUUUUUUUUUUUGGAAAAAUAUCUUUUAUUUUUGGAUCUUUUUGAUGCACUUAAUUAAAUAGAUGGGUAAAAAUAACGUUCUAUCAACUUGCUUAUGUAUGUAAAUGAAUCUGUGCCUAAUGUAUAAUAUGGCUCAUUUGAACCAA